AUGAGUUUCUCUUCGGAUGAGGUCAACUACCUCAUCUACCGGUACCUGCAGGAAUCGGGCUUCGUGCACAGCGCCUUCGUCUUCGGCCUCGAGUCGCACACCGUCAACUCGAACAUCAAUGGAGCGCUCAUUCCACCGGCGGCCCUCAUCUCCAUCAUUCAGAAAGGCAUCCAGUACACCGAGGCGGAGCUGAGCGCCACCGACGACGGCUCGGAGCGGCAGAUCGAGGCGCUCUCGCUGAUUGACGCCGUCAUGCCGGACGUUCGCGAGCGCUUCGCCAACAUCAGAGACAUCAAGCCGCCGCCGACUUCGUCGAGCAACAACCCGACGACCAACUGCAAUAGUAAUGGCUCCUCCUCGGCCACCAAUGGCCGCGGCGGAGGGGACGGCAGCGGCGCCGGAGGAAGCGGUGGCGGUGGCUCAGCCGGAGCCGGCGGUGGCGGCGGCGGAAGUACCAAUGGAACCGGAGGCGUCAACAGCCUCGACAUCAAGACGGACAUCACAAUGAAGGAGGAGGGCGGCAGCGGGGGCAGCUCAACGAGUGCACUUCAAAAUGGCAGCGCUCUGCAGUCUUCGGCUCCAGCCACUUCAGCGUCCUCUUCAGCCUCGUCCUCAAAUCAGAUCAGCCGAAUGGAAGUGGACGGACCUUCUCAGCAGCAGCAACAGCAUCAGCAACAGCAGCAACUUCAGCCUGGAGCCAACUGCACGCCCGUGGUUGUCUCGAUGUCGCUGAACAGCUCGAUGUCCAGCUCAGCUGCUGGAGCAGCCGUGGUGGCCGGUUUGGGUGGCCAGCAGCAGCAACAGCAGCAGCAGCUGGUCAACUCGGGUGGUGGUGGAAAUUCGCGCUCAAACACACCCGGCACGAUCAUCACCGCCUCGGGCAUAAUCAGCGGACCGCCGCAGCAGCAGCAGCAGCAGUCGUCUAGUCUGCAGCCCUCGCAGUCAAACAGCCCCGGCAUCCUCUCACAGCAGCAGCAGCAGCAGCAGAAUGCGAUGAACCACUCGCUUGGCUCGGGCGGUUUGGGCGAGCCGGUGAACGGCAUUGAGAUUCCCGCCUCGCGGGCGACCACCCUGCGCGGCCACGAGUCGGAGGUGUUCAUCUGCGCGUGGAAUCCCACCUCUGAUCUGCUCGCCUCGGGCUCGGGUGACUCCACCGCCCGCAUCUGGAACAUGCACGACCCCAACAAUCACCUCAUUCUCCGACACUGCAUUCAGCGAGGUGGAGCGGAGGUGCCCUCGAACAAGGACGUCACCUCGCUGGACUGGAACAGCGACGGGACGCUGCUGGCCACCGGCAGCUACGACGGCUUUGCCCGCAUCUGGACCACCGAGGGACGGCUCGCCUCGACGCUCGGCCAGCACAAGGGGCCCAUCUUUGCGCUCAAGUGGAACAAGAAGGGCAACUACAUUCUCAGCGCCGGAGUCGAUAAGACGACCAUCAUCUGGGACGCCUCCUCGGGCACCUGUACGCAGCAGUUUGCCUUUCACAAUGCGCCCGCCUUGGAUGUUGACUGGCAGACGAACCACUCCUUCGCCUCCUGCUCCACCGACCAGUGCAUUCACGUGUGCAAGCUGGGCAGCGACCGCCCAGUGAAGACCUUCGUCGGCCACAUAAACGAGGUGAACGCCAUCAAGUGGUGUCCCAGUGGCCGCCUGCUCGCCUCCUGCUCCGACGACAUGACGCUGAAGAUCUGGUCGAUGUCGCAGGACAGCACGGUGCACGACUUUCAGGCGCACCAG